CUCGCGUCAGUUUCGAACCGCUUGGCUCGCGUUUGUUUCCGGCCAGAUACCCUCCGCAGUGGGGUGCUACGUCUCUCGUGGGCGACUACCUUCUUGCAUGUUUUUCCUACCCCUUCCCCUGAUCUUUCUUGUUUGUUUCUUGCGCGGAUGAACAAGGUGGUCGACGUCGAGCCAGUCGAGUCUCGGCCUGCGUCGUUCGAUUAUACCGAGCACGGCCACAAGAACUCGAAAUUGCUUUAUUCCAUCCAUAAAUUAUCACAGUUGGCAAUAUAAGUUUAAAGGAGGUACAUGCUAAAAAUGUUCCCGCCCCCCGUCAAAGAGAACCGAUCUUUACACAAGAUAUCAAUAGGUAGCCUUCGCGUGGUAAAGUUUAGAAGUAAAAGGCUUCAGCGAGGACUUCUUGUAAUCUCUGAGCCCAUAUAAUUUUUAAGCAUAAACAGGAUAAAAAUUUGGGCUACAACACCACCUCCUGAAAAAACUCUCGUUCGGUGCCGGUCUCUCUACGUCAGGAUAAUGGCCAAGAUGUGCUUGACCAUGAAACUGCAGGUACUUCAGUAGAGCAGGAGGAGCUCGUCUUGCGCCGCAGCCUUGCGGGUCAACAUCCGUCGUGAACCAAAAACGUCAAUCAACUACCGGGACACGACGAAGAAACGAAGGAGCUUUGCACUUGUUUCAGAACAUCAACAUCCUACAUAGAUAUUAAACUUCCGCAUCCGCAACGAUGAACGAGGAGGAGGCUGAGGCCGUGCACGACGAUGACACCACGUUUUACGUCCUCUACGUGGAGACUAUUCGCCUCGCCCACCCCGACCCACAGCCACUGAACGCCUGCAUCCACUGGUACAUCGGGGACGCGUAUCAAAUGUAAAAGUGUCUGGGUCUGGAAGAAUGCAUGUUUGUCAUGCUUGUCUGGCAUGACUCUUAAAUAUGUCAUGCACGUUACCCAGGAGCUCUGUUUUUCUGUGAUGCAGAAACGCAGUUUGUCAUGCAGAAUAGGCAACACCUAGAAGCUCAGAAACUUGUCAUGCUGAGCCAGCACUUGUGGCCUCAUCAUGAGACGCCACCCAGCAUCACAAGUUUCCAGACCCAGACAUAUUUGCAGUCCAUAACGCGGACUACAGUUCAGUGCCCUUCACCAUCCCGGCGAAUGCGCAGUGGUACGAUCUGAAAAACUGCGGUUUUGUUCUGGUGCCCGACGCCGCACUGAAAGAGGACAGCGAAAAGAACAGCCUGACCCUGUCGAUCACCAGCUGGGAAGGAGAACACCUGGGCGUCUUCUUUGGACACUGCGGAGACAUCGCCACAAGUAUUAAAUUAUAUCACGAUCAUGUUUACAUUUAUUCUUUUGCUUCGAUAGUUGUAGUUCUAGCUACCGUCAAAGCAGUUGUUGGGUUACAAAACGUUCAUAGAAGUUACGUCCCGCUGAAUAAAAAAAUCUUCUCUGCCCAUUUUUUAUCAGGCGAAACGUUCGACAAGCAUGACGUCGAGCUUUUGCACGAAGACGGCUCCUUCGCGACCGCCGAACUUCACGCGGCACGCCAGGGCCGUUGGACGCUGAGUGGCGCGAAGCAAAAGGAAUGCGUGUUUGUCGAUCCGAGCAACGAUGCCCAGGCCAAGCACAUCUGGGAGUUCAUCGCGCCGGAGCCUACCGCGUCGUGGAAAGGCACAGCCAAGGCGAAGGGGACGGCUCCACCUGCGGCGGCCGGUGGGGUUGAUGCGGGGGAAACUACAUCUGCUUCAAAGGCGGACACAAGCAAGAUGGUAGAGGAAGGCCAGAAUGCUGGAGCAAGUGGUAGUACCGACGAGAAGAAUAAAGCUGAGGCAGGUGGGGCCGCGUCGAGUAGCCGUGGUCCGAGGGUAUAAUUCAGUCUAUAUCAUCUUGCUUUGUGUUGUGAAUGAAGAUGAACGCGGUGCAGCAGCUGCAACCUACGGCACACCUUCGAAUAUUAGAAUUAGAAAGAGGAAUGAUAUAAGUAUCGAUAACAGGUGCCAUCAUUCUUGGACGCAGAACGCAUAUGCAACGCGUGAUGAUUAUCGCAGGCUCAGCACAAAUGAAUAUUUAUGAAUGCUGAAAGCUGCAACAAGUUAGUGCUUUGAAUAAAAUACAAAUAUACGGAAAUCAUCAUGUGCACGAAAAUCAAAAUCAAAUUCCGUUCGUAAAAUAAAACACAGGACGCCGAUCCGAGCCCGGAAAUAAAAGCCAGUAAGGAAAGCGAACAAAAAGGCGCCCCAGGAGACGACACUGCAGCAGCAGAAGAUGGAGCUGGUACUCACUCGUCUUUGCAUACAGUUUUUCCACAUGCCGAAUCUAUUGCAGUGCCGAAGGAGCUUGCGCUAAAUCGUUUUUUACGUGCUACGAGUGCAGAAGACGAAGAGCGUCUUUCACUUUCUAUAUCUAUUUGCUUUUGUGCUCCUUCGAUGACAUAAAUGAUUAUGAAAAAACCGUAAUCACAGACGACCCCGGGAAUGCCGACCCGAAGGGCGCCUCCACCGCGAAACGCAAAAGCGCCCGCAAAAGGACGUCCGCGAAGGCCGACGCGAGCGACGAGCCUUCGGUACCAGGUAAAGAGGUUGUAGUAGUUGCCAGCGCAAGCAAAGAAGGAACAUCAAGUGCAACUACGUCGCCAGGCAAAAAAACCAAACUCAACGUCGGGAGCAGCAAUAAGCAGGCGGAGCUCACUUCCCUUCCCCCCGGGGAGCAGAGAAACUCUUCGGCAAGUAGUCCGGAGCGGAAAAUGAAGACCAACGUGUUCAAACGAGCUGCGCAAAGCGUGAUCGACGCGAACAUAGCGACCAGCAGUUCAACGUCUCGGAAAAGUACGAACAAAUCGCCCAGAAAAUCGAAAAGCAACCGAGACAGCAACACCACUGGAGGUGAAAACAAGGGAAAUAAAGUAGGCGAGUUCCUUCUGGACAAAGGCGUGGAGCAGUUAAAUGAGUUCACCAACAAGGUCUACGCGUCCGAAGGCUGCCGCGCCACGCUGAUGCAUCCGAGUAAUGGGCAGAAGAUGCCGGUCAGAAUGCGAAUUCUUAUGAAGAAAACAGGCUUACCCGUCCCCGGGAGUGAGGUCAGCAACAUCGCGGAGGAUGCGUAUUUGGAGAUCGCGAAAGACAGUGUGGACAACAGUAGCAACCCGUUUCUCCAGCCCGCCUUACCCUCUACUGGUGUAGUCUCCAGCACCGCUGCGAGCGCAGCCCUUCCCUCCGGCCGGUCUCUGAACAAAAACAUCCUCCGUUCCGUGAAGCUGUCCGGCAUCAAGAACCUGUUUCUCGGCGCGAAUUUAUCGCCGUUGACGAAACGGGCCUUGAAACUGACCGAGGAGAAACAGUUGCAGUACCUGCACCCGCUGUGCGUGACCAUGCAAAUCUCCGAGGAGUUGGAGUUUCUGACCCUGGAGUUUCUGUACCCGGACCAAGUGCAAGACGUGACCGAGGACGGGUUGAACCUACACACGGAGGAGCUACUCGGGAACAAAUCCGAGUACCUUCCGCAGUUCAUCGAAUUGUGUCGCAGCUACUACGCGCCGCCGAGGUACCCCGACGAGCCGCAGACGUAUAAUUUGCUUUCCAAACAGCAGUUUCCCGACGUGAAGAAAGUGUGUGAGGAGGCGGUGGUAAAAGUGGCGCAGAAAAAGGUGAACGACCUGCAGACGCUCCGGAACUCGGUAAACUUGAACGUGUUCGUCGGCGAGAAGAAAAGCGAGGACGAGAUCGGCGCAGUGCUCGCCGGGGGCAAGGAGGACUUUUUGAUUUCCAGCGAGGAGAAAGUCCGCAGUGACCGGGAGGAAGGCGGUGACCAGCGGGGUAGGGGUAGGAAAACUACAACUAAUAAUACGUCAAUACGGAAGACGAGGACAUCGACCUCCGGAGGUCGGAAAUCUGUUGCGCCGUCCCCACGUGCUGGUAGUUAUCGCUCCUCGCGAAGAGUAGACAGCAGUGCCGAGUUGCAAGAACUGCUUUUCGCGGACCAGAGGAGCGCGGCGAAGCAGGAUUUGAAAUUUCUUCAACAGCUGAAAAAGUCCCUGCCCUCGUGUUCUGCGUCCGCGCUCCCUGAGGCCGCGCGGCAGUUUUUCAACCUGAAGGUGAAGCUGUUUUUGAACAAUGUAGACGGAGCCGACGAGCUGUCCUCUGCUGUCGUUGACACCUGGUGCCACGAGUUCUGGUCCAGCACCGACAUUGUGUUCACGGAAAAGCAACUCCAGCUCGGCGAGCACCUUUCAUCCGACCCCGAGCAUCUACGGCUGCCCUGGUCCUUGCCCGACCACGCGAAGCUGGUUUUGAAGUACAUUCUGGCGGACUUGAACUCCGCCGACACCGUACCAGCCGACCUGUAUGACCAGUACCCGAUGAAUAGCUUGCAGUCCGGGCUGCACAUCCUGGACUCCCGCACCGGUGCGACGAACCUGUCAGGUGUAGGAACAUCAACCUCAGCCGCGUCAGCACGGAGACGAAGCAAUUCUGCGGGGUCGACGGGGAAUUACGAGGACCCGGAGGUCGUUGUUCUGCAAAGGAGAAGAAACAGUGGUAGUGCGAAAAGAAGGACUUCUGCAGCACCGGGUACUUCUAAAUUGCGAGUUGCAUUGCCGCGGAACGACAGUCCCCCCGGAGGAAGUACUACAAUGUCUAGACAGAGCAAUGCCAAUGUUGGUAACACAGGAGCUGCACCGUCACGCAGCAAAACGAGUACCAUAGCAAGCAACGUGGCGGAGUCAAGCCCGCCAGUUAUUGGCAGUAGCAUACGCGGUCGUGGUGUUGACGGGGCCGCUGCCCCCUACCCCGUUCCGGCGUUUAGCACACCGCGGGCGGCUGCAAACAAGUUGGUGGGAAAUUUGCAAGCGGAAUUGCGGUCCAGUAGUCAAGCAAGAAGAGGCGGGGGAGGAUCACGUACUUACUAUUCGAUCAAUAGUUUUGCUCGAUGAAUUUCUUAAAUUCAGUUUUUGUUUUGAAAGUCCUCAAGCGUCGUUGUGGUGUGGUGUAGCAUGAAGCUCUUAGCUCAAGAAUCUACUCAAGCGAUUGCGAUACAUGUACUUGGAGACUAGCUUUUUUCUUCAUUCUCAAAUGCCAACAUAACAGCCUCUUCCCGAACCGGAACCCCAGGCACUGCACAGCAACUUUUCCAGAAUCCUGCCGCCGCAGCCUCCUCCGCGUCGCGAACUGGUGCAGGCAAUACUUUCACACCGCAAAAUCGGCAGAAGCUGUUCUCUGGCGCAGUUGACCAGCAACAGAAUCUUCGCCCCGGUAGUACUAACACCCGCAAGGAGAUCGCCACGUACCAGGUGUUGCGCAAUGGGAUAUCGGUCCUGGUGCAACCAGUUUAUGGCGACGACGUGCAGUUCACGGGGCAAAAACUGAACCAAAACGCCAUGAUCGUGGUGGACCAGUACUUGGUGUUGGAUAACCUGAAAUACCUCCGACUGAUCGACAGGACCGGCUGGGUCGUCGAUGACAGCAUGGUAGUUGUUUUUUUUUUCAAUGUCGUUCCGUUGGUACGUUGGAAGUAAGUGCUACUUCUAAGUCCUUCUACUACAGCGAUCCAAACACAUAGAUCCAAUGUUAAAAAUCGAAACCUCAACCAAUCGCUCAGGUCAACCCCGCCACGCCUUCCUUGAAGCGCAUCAACACGGGCGCGGUGAUCGCGGGUGGCGAAGGCAGCACCACGCUCCCGCCUACCAAUCUUAGCCAGAAGAAUUACCUCGCACCACGGGGAGACAGUGGUAACGCAACAUCAACCUCUGGGCCGCAGCAGCUGGCACAACCCGUGGUCGGCGGUGCAACUACAACAAAAAUUGGUGGUGGUAAACUCAGCCCCGGUAGUGGUGCACAGCAACUGCUCAACACCCCGAGCCUGACCGCCCCCGGCCUCAGCAGCAACCCGAGCCUGAAAUUCCAGCCGAGCGCGAGUGCAGCAAGUUCGAAUGGUGUUCAGCAGGGGCAACAGCCGCAGCAAUCCGCAGUGGCGAGCAUGAACGCGAUGAAGCAACAGGGAAUUUUUGGGAACAACAAGAACCAGCAAGGGACCACUUCUCUCUUGACGAACAAAUUCGGUUUUCAGCAGGGCAUCACCCAGGGGGCGAACGUCGCACAAGACCGACCCCACGACUACUACCACGCGGAUGUUGACCAUGACAUCCCGAGCUUGAGCCGGCCACUGCUGGGCGGCGGAGCAGGUGGUGCAGUUGCUGGGGAGAACAAUCCAGCCGCGUCCUCGAGAGAAGAAAGCAAAAACAGCGCCAAAUACCUGAUCAGUCCGGGUUUGAAUGGCCGACCGCACCCGAUACUGCACGGAGACAUGCCUAUGGGGCAACGGGACAUGCCCAUCGGAGCGGACUUUUUGUAGUGCGAUACAGGGAGGAGGAGGACGGCGGACACGAGAUCGGGGCUUUGAAUCUACAACGCCAGCUACUGAACCGGGACGACAGCAGGGUAAUUGUUGAUACGGUGACCCCAUCGAUCGACUACAAGAACAUACGUGAUAAGUAGGAAAUCAAAAACUACUACAUAGUAGCGUAGGAACCUUCACGAGUAGAACUGGUGAACGAAUUAUAUCAACAGCGCAGCGUCGUUGUUUCUCCAGUGGUCCUAGUCCUUUUAAAUGCAAUCGCAAUUGUUUCAAAAUGUCAAUGGAGAAAGAAGUUUGUCAAGUAGAUCCUCUUGUGGUGGACCAGGCCAUAAAAAAUAACGUGAACAAUUCAAACGCAAUCGCAAUGUUGUAAUCGGUUUCUGACGUACAGAGGAAAAUGAAUCGCACAGCGGUUAGUACUAAGUUGCACCAAAUAUUAUUAACUGGUUGCAGUGAGACUCGCUGGUGCAGAUGAGCUUACGUUGUUUCAAAGUUUCAACAAGAUCGCUUGCAGUCGUGCAGCCGAGCCCAUUUUGUUAAUUUCGCUAAUAUCAACAAGAAAGAUAAACAGGAACGCAAGUAGAAAACUUGAUGUAAAAUUUGAACUAGUUCUUCUUGUUUCUGCAAUGAAAACUAAGUGGAAU